UUCGAGGCGGCCGCCCUGCGCGAUGAGGGCGAAGAGGAGGCCGAGGUGGAGCUGGCCGAGAGCGGGCGGCGGCUGCGGCUGCCUCGGGACCAGGUCCAGCGCAUGAACCCGCCCAAGUUCAGCAAGGCCGAGGACAUGGCGGAGCUCACCUGCUUGAAUGAGGCCUCCGUGCUGCACAACCUCCGCGAGCGCUACUACUCCGGCCUCAUCUAUACCUACUCUGGCCUGUUCUGUGUGGUCAUCAACCCCUACAAGCAGCUCCCCAUCUACACAGAGGCCAUUGUGGAGAUGUACCGGGGUAAGAAGCGCCACGAGGUGCCACCCCACGUGUACGCGGUGACAGAGGGGGCCUACAGGAGCAUGCUCCAAGACCGUGAGGAUCAGUCCAUCCUCUGCACUGGGGAGUCUGGAGCCGGCAAGACAGAAAACACCAAGAAGGUCAUCCAGUACCUGGCACAUGUGGCGUCAUCACCAAAGGGCAGGAAGGAGCCCGGCGUCCCCGCCUCCACCAGCACCAUGUCUUAUGGGGAGCUAGAGCGACAGCUUCUGCAGGCCAACCCAGUCCUAGAGGCCUUCGGCAACGCCAAGACGGUGAAGAACGACAACUCCUCCCGCUUUGGCAAAUUCAUCCGCAUCAACUUUGAUGUUGCUGGGUACAUCGUGGGAGCCAACAUUGAGACGUACCUGCUGGAGAAGUCGCGCGCCAUCCGCCAGGCCAAGGACGAGUGCAGCUUCCACAUCUUCUACCAGCUGCUGGGGGGCGCAGGGGAGCAGCUCAGAGCCGACCUCCUCCUGGAGCCUUCCUCCCACUACCGCUUCCUGACCAAUGGGCCUGCGUCCACCCCCAGCCAGGAGCGGGAGCUGUUCCAGGAGACGCUGGAGUCCCUGCGGGUGUUGGGCUUCACCCCGGAGGAGAUCACCUCCAUGCUGCGGAUGGUGUCCGCCGUGCUGCAGUUCGGCAACGUGGUCCUCAAAAGCGAACGCAACACGGACCAGGCCACCAUGCCGGACAACACAGCUGCGCAGAAGCUCUGUCGCCUCCUGGGGCUGGGGGUGACCGACUUCUCCCGAGCCCUGCUCACCCCCCGCAUCAAGGUUGGCCGAGAUUACGUUCAGAAAGCCCAGACCAAGGAGCAGGCCGACUUCGCGCUGGAGGCUCUGGCCAAGGCCACCUACGAGCGCCUCUUCCGCUGGCUGGUCCUGCGCCUCAACCGUGCGUUGGACCGCAGCCCCCGCCAGGGCGCCUCCUUCCUGGGCAUCCUGGACAUCGCCGGCUUUGAGAUCUUCCAGCUGAACUCCUUCGAGCAGUUGUGCAUCAACUACACCAACGAGAAGCUGCAGCAGCUCUUCAACCACACCAUGUUCGUGCUGGAGCAGGAGGAGUACCAGCGCGAGGGCAUCCCCUGGACCUUCCUGGACUUCGGCCUCGACCUGCAGCCCUGCAUCGACCUCAUCGAGCGCCCGGCCAACCCUCCCGGGCUUCUGGCCCUGCUGGAUGAGGAGUGCUGGUUCCCGAAGGCCACGGACAAAUCGUUCGUGGAGAAAGUGGCCCAGGAGCAGGGAGGCCACCCCAAGUUCCAGCGCCCCAGGCACCUGCGGGACCAGGCUGACUUCAGCGUCCUGCACUACGCCGGCAAGGUCGACUACAAGGCUAACGAGUGGCUGAUGAAGAACAUGGACCCGCUGAAUGACAACGUGGCAGCCCUGCUGCACCAGAGCACAGACCGGCUCACAGCCGAGAUCUGGAAAGACGUGGAGGGCAUCGUGGGGCUGGAGCAGGUGAGCAGCCUUGGGGACGGCCCGCCGGGUGGCCGCCCGCGCCGUGGCAUGUUCCGGACGGUGGGGCAGCUCUACAAGGAGUCCUUGAGCCGCCUGAUGGCCACACUCAGCAACACCAACCCCAGCUUCGUCCGCUGCAUCGUCCCCAACCAUGAGAAGCGGGCGGGCAAGCUGGAGCCGAAGCUAGUGCUGGACCAGCUACGCUGCAAUGGCGUCCUCGAGGGCAUCCGCAUCUGCCGCCAGGGAUUCCCCAACCGCAUCCUCUUCCAGGAGUUCCGGCAGCGGUACGAGAUCCUGACACCUAACGCCAUCCCCAAGGGCUUCAUGGAUGGGAAGCAGGCCUGUGAGAAGAUGAUCCAGGCCCUGGAACUGGACCCCAAUCUGUACCGUGUGGGACAGAGCAAGAUCUUCUUCCGGGCAGGGGUCCUGGCCCAGCUGGAAGAAGAACGGGACCUGAAGGUCACUGACAUCAUUGUGUCCUUCCAAGCAGCUGCACGGGGCUACCUGGCACGCAGGGCCUUCCAGAGGCGCCAGCAGCAGCAGAGCGCGCUGAGGGUGAUGCAGAGGAACUGCGCGGCCUACCUCAAGCUCAGGCACUGGCAGUGGUGGCGGCUGUUCAUCAAGGUGAAGCCGCUGCUGCAGGUGACGCGGCAGGAUGAGGUGCUGCAGGCGCGCGCCCAGGAGCUGCAGAAGGUGCAGGAGCUGCAGCAACAGAGCGCACGCCAAGUGGGAGAGCUGCAGGACCGCGUGGCGCAGCUGGAGGAGGAACGCACCCGUCUGGCGGAGCAGUUGCGGGCCGAGGCCGAGCUGUGCGCGGAGGCGGAGGAGACGCGCGGGCGGCUGGCGACCCGUAAGCAGGAGCUGGAGUUGGUGGUGACCGAGCUGGAGGCCCGCAUGGGGGAGGAGGAGGAGUGCAGCCGCCAGCUGCAGGCCGAGAAGAAGAGGCUGCAGCUGCACAUCCAGGAGCUGGAGACCCACCUGGAGGCCGAGGAGGGAGCGAGGCAGAAACUACAGCUGGAGAAGGUGACCACGGAGGCAAAGCUGAAGAAGUUCGAGGAAGACCUGCUGCUCCUGGAGGACCAGAACGCCAAGCUGGGCAAGGAGCGGAGGCUGCUGGAAGAGCGCCUGGCCGAGUUCUCCUCCCAGGCGGCAGAGGAGGAGGAGAAAAUCAAGAGCCUGAAUAAGCUGCGGCUCAAAUACGAGGCCACCAUCGCAGACAUGGAGGACCGCCUGCGGAAGGAGGAGAAGGGGCGCCAGGAGUUGGAGAAGCUGAAGCGGCGGCUGGAUGGGGAGAGCUCGGAGCUGCAGGAGCAGAUGGUGGAGCAGCAGCAGCGUGCAGAGGAGCUUCGGGCCCAGCUGGGCCGCAAGGAGGAGGAGCUGCAGGCGGCCCUGGUCAGGGCAGAGGAGGAGGGCGGGGCUCGGGCCCAGCUGCUCAAGUCCCUUCGGGAGGUGCAGGCUGGCCUGGCCGAAGCCCAGGAGGACCUGGAGGCGGAGCGUGUGGCCAGGGCCAAGGCCGAGAAGCAGCGCCGCGACCUGGGCGAGGAGCUGGAGGCGCUGCGCGGGGAGCUGGAGGACACGCUGGACUCCACAAAUGCACAGCAGGAACUGCGGACCAAGAGGGAACAGGAGGUGACAGAGCUGAAGAAGGCACUGGAGGAAGAGACGAGGCUUCACGAGGUGGCCGUGCAGGAGCUGAGACAGCGGCACGGCCAGGCGCUGGGGGAGCUGGUGGAGCAGCUGGAGCAGGCCCGACGGGGCAAAGGCGCCUGGGAGAAGACGCGGCUGGCGCUCGAGGCCGAGGUGUCCGAGCUGCGGACGGAGCUGAGCAGCCUGCAGACCUCGCGCCAGGAAGGCGAGCAGAAGCGGCGGCGACUGGAGUCGCAGCUGCAGGAGGUGCAGGGCCGCGCUGGCGACGGGGAGCGAGCGCGCGUGGAGGCCGCCGAGAAGCUGCAGCGAGCGCAGGCUGAGCUGGAGACCGUGUCUGGGGCACUGAGUGAGGCCGAGUCCAGAGCCAUCCGGCUGGGCAAGGAGCUGAGCAGCACUGAGGGUCAACUGCACGACGCCCAGGAGCUGCUUCAGGAGGAGACCCGGGCGAAGCUGGCCCUGGGUUCGAGGGUGCGCGCGCUGGAGGCUGAAGCAGCAGGCUUGCGUGAACAGAUGGAAGAGGAAGCUGCUGCCAGGGAACGUGCAGGCCGCGAGCUGCAGGCAGCCCAGGCCCAGCUGUCAGAGUGGCGGCGGCGCCAGGAGGAGGAGGCCGGAGCGCUGGAGGCAGGGGAAGAAGCCCGGCGCCGUGCUGCCAGGGAGGCCGAGACCCUGGCCCAGCGCCUGGGGGAGAAGACGGAGGCUGUGGAGCGGCUGGAGCGGGGCCGCCGCCGCCUGCAGCAAGAGUUGGACGAUGUCACCGUGGACCUGGAGCAGCAGCGGCAGCUCGUGAGCACACUGGAGAAGAAGCAGCGCAAGUUUGACCAGGAGGGAAACACCCCCCAUCCGAGCCUGCGCCGCGCUGCAGGGCCACUUUCCUCGCUUCCCUUGGUGGCCCGGGCACUCCUGCUCACACUCGUUUCCCUCCAGGUACACGAGCUGGAAAGAGCCCGCAGGGUGGCUGAUCAGGCCGCCAACGACCUUCGAGCACAGGUGACAGAACUGGAGGAUGAGCUGACGGCGGCCGAAGACGCCAAACUGCGCCUGGAGGUGACAGUGCAGGCGCUGAAGGCCCAGCACGAGCGCGACCUGCAGGGCCGCGAUGAGGCCGGCGAGGAGAGGCGGAGGCAGCUGGCUAAGCAGCUGCGGGACGCGGAGGUGGAGCGCGAUGAGGAGCGAAAGCAGCGCGCCCUGGCAGUGGCCGCCCGCAAGAAGCUGGAGGCCGAGCUGGAGGAGCUGAAGGCGCAGGCAGCGGCCGCCGGGCAGGGCAAGGAGGAGGCAGUAAAGCAGCUGCGGAAGACGCAGGUCCAGAUGAAGGAGCUGUGGCGGGAGGUGGAGGAGUCACGCACCUCGCGGGAGGAGAUCUUUGUCCAGAACCGGGAGAGUGAAAAGCGCCUCAAGGGCCUGGAAGCCGAGGUGCUGCGGCUGCAGGAGGAACUGGCAGCUUCGGACCGGGCACGGCGCCAGGCACAGCAGGACCGCGAUGAGAUGGCCGAUGAAAUGGCCAACGGCAGCCUCAGCAAGGCAGCUCUGCUGGAGGAGAAGCGGCAGCUGGAGGGCCGCCUGGGGCAGCUGGAGGAGGAGUUGGAGGAGGAGCAGAGCAACGCUGAGCUGCUCAAUGACCGCUAUCGCAAGCUGCUCUUGCAGGUGGAGACUCUGUCCACGGAGCUGUCUGCAGAGCGCAGUUUUUCAGCCAAGGCUGAAAGUGGGCGGCAGCAGCUGGAGCGGCAGAUCCAGGAGCUCCGGGGGCACCUGGGUGAGGAGGACGCUGGGGCUCGGGCCCGGCAGAAGAUGACGAUCGCUACCCUUGAAUCUAAGCUAGCCCAGGCUGAAGAGCAGCUGGAGCAAGAGAGCAGGGAGCGCAUCCUCUCGGGCAAGCUGGUGCGCAGGGCUGAGAAGCGACUGAAGGAGGUGGUGCUGCAGGUGGAGGAGGAGCGGAGGGUGGCCGACCAGCUCCGGGACCAGCUGGAGAAAGCGAACCUACGGGUGAAGCAGCUGAAGAGGCAGCUGGAGGAGGCGGAGGAGGAGGCGUCCAGGGCGCAGGCCGGCCGCCGCAGGCUGCAGCGGGAGCUGGAGGACGUCACCGAGUCCGCCGAGUCCAUGAACCGUGAGGUGACCACGCUGAGGAACCGGCUCCGCCGCGGCCCGCUCACCUUCACCACGCGCACAGUGCGCCAGGUGUUCCGCCUGGAGGAGGGCGUGGCUUCCGACGAGGAGGAGGCGGAGGACAAGGAGCCCGCAUCGGCUCCGGAGCCCGAGGGUCCCCCGCCAGCCCAGCCCCAGUGACCUGCCUGAGGGGAGGGCCCGCUCCAGCCGCUGCCUCAGCCCAGCACACCCGCCCUGUGGCUUCUUGCACUUUGGAAAUGACGCUGCCCUUUGGCAUUUUCGGCUACCAGCGACCCCACAUAGAGCUCCCUGAGACCUCCUGGCCAUUGCAGGGCCCAGCACUGGGAGGCGAAGAUGGGGGCCCCAUCGCUCGAAAGCGGGGUGGCCCAGAGGGGCGCCGGGGGCGGCUUCCCAGCGGCGCAUCCACCAGGCGCCGGAGAAAUAAACUCCAACCCGAGUGGA